AUGCCCUCGGCCACCACUUUCUUGGACAACCCUUUAUUGAAGGUCAGUCGGCCCGUCGCCGCGUGCUCGCGAUGCAGAACCGCCAAGAUCAAGUGCGAUGGCAAACUCCCCGCUUGUUCGGCCUGUGAAAAAGUGGGCAAAGCCAGCACCUGCUCCAGCGCCAGUGACGAAUUCGCCAAGGGGAAAGAACGCAGCUAUGUGGCUUCUCUGGAGGGCUACUGUGAGAAACUAGAACGGAGGCUUGCGCUCCUUCAAGAUCGUCAAAGCUCUCUACCCGUCGAGGAGAAUGGAGUGGCCCACGAGGUGUCCAUCACUGCGGCGUCGCCAACCGCCCCUACAGGAACGGCCCACCGCCGCGAAGUGUCUGAUAUCGACGAUCUAGUGGGGGAUUUUGGCUUCCUGUCGGUCAACGCGACCUCGCGAGACUUCCACGGCAUCACUUCGAAGACCAGCUUCGCCAACCUGCUCUUAUCGGUCGCGACUGUCAGGUAUCCACCAUCCUUAUCUGCUGCCAGCUCCCUCCCCGCGCGCCAUGAAGCAACGCCGCUGUUACAAUACUACUUUGAAAAUGUCUUCGUGCAGCUCCCGUUCUUUGUCGAGACCAAUUUCUGGACCUCGGUUGAUGCCGUCUACCAAUCCCAAGGCCGUUUCGCCAAACCCUUCGAUCAUUGGAUACUCCGCAUGGUUCUGGCGAUCGCUUCCGCAUCUAUCUCAUAUCAGAGUAACGACAAGAGCCAUCAACGUGCGCUGACUCUCGUGGCAGAGGCCUUGAAAUACGCCGAAGAGGUCCUUCGCCCUGGAUCAAUCAUAGGAAUCCAGGCAAUUCUAUUACUGGCCCAAUAUGCAUUUGUAGACCCCGCUUACUUCCGGAGCUGGUAUCUGGUGGGCAUGGCAGUUCGCGUCGCGAUAGACCUGGGUCUGCACCAAGAUCCUCCGGUAGAAGUCAUCUCGAAUCAGUCUAAACUCGAUCUCCGCCGGCGCGUCUUCCAUUGCCUGUACAGCUUAGACAGGGGAACGAGCGCUGCUUUACAAAGAACCUUUUCGUUUUCAGAUGGCUCUGUAAAUGUCUUAAUGCCCUCAUCCGGUGCGGCAGAGACAUCCUCAGACCAAAGUCAUAUAUUCCUCCGAAGUCCCGCGCCCGCCCUCCACAUUGUGAAAAUCCGCCAAAUCCUCUCAGCAGGCUACCAAGAUAUGUAUUAUAGCAGCCGUGAACCAUCACCCAACCCCAUCGUCCAAAUCUGGAACCUCUGCUCCCAAACCCGCGAUUGGUACCACCAAUGUCCCAAAAACGCCCCAAGCCACUUUUCCCUCCUCUACCGCCUCGAGCUUCUAUAUACGAUAACAGUGCUCCUCUCCCCAUCCAACCGAUACCCCGUUUUGUGUGACUACAAUAAAGCGGUUCUCUUCGACCGCUGCAUGGACUACAUCAGCCAGAUUCACCAAGUGCUGGAGAAUCCUACCGCGCUCCCCUUCCUCACCUAUCUCGACAUCCUGCGCGUCCAACAAGUCGCCCGUCGCUUCAUCGAGGUGCUCUCCCAAAAUUUAGACCUCCUCCUCAGCCCCUCUGUUCCCGUCCCUCCCCCGGUUCCCGCGGGUACACCGAGCCCGCCCAUGCUCGCUCAAGAAGACCGUGUUAGCUGCCGCCCGCGCGCGAGGCGCUGUCUUCACUACAUCAGCGGGCUCUUGGGUUUCGCUGCCCGGAAGUGGGACCUGCGUGAGCCGCUCGAAGAAUUCCAGUCCGAGUCGGCGGCACUGGUGGAGCGUCUUACUGAACCUACUGCCCACGAGAUGCCGCUGGCCGGCCCUGCGUAUUCGGCUUAUAGGCUGGGUUGA